GUAUGUAUAUGUAGUGAACGAGAGGAUAGAACACAGCCAGCCCAGCAACACGACUAUUACAAGGCCCGGAAGGUUAACCUCAUUAUAUAUAGAGUAAUUGUUAUUUUAGUACUUGUACUAUGGGCUAAUUAUAAUUUUGGUACCUAUUCUUUAUUUAUUGCGAAAAUACAACCUCAUUUGAAGUCUCCAACAAUUUCCAUGAAUCUCGGCAGCUCUCCCUCACGACUCUCCACUCCAAUUAGUCUACCGUACCCCUAUUUAAGAAUCUCAAGAAAUUCAGCCGCCUCUCAACUAUUUUCCCAAUUUGCAGUACCAUUCGAAAAUUUAUCCAAAAUCCCACCUUCUCUCUCUCACGGCCAUCAGCAGAUUUCCGGCGGCAAAUAGAACUAAGCAGCGCCGGCGAUCCUGAGAAGCCGCACCCGACCGAGCAUCACCAGACGUCCGACGACGAGGGCGGCCUUCUUUGACAACCAGAUCAGCGGCGAAGCGUUUUCCGGCAAGGAAUCGAGCAGUAGACUUCCCGACGACCUUGAGUAGCAGCUUUCCGGCGAAGAGGCCAGAACCAAUCCGACGGGACUGUGACCUUCGCGGCGAGCCGAGGCUACCAGAUUGCCGGCGGACGAGAGCAGGCUGAGAGCGAGUUUCCGGCGAGUACCGAGCAGAUCAAGUGACACCCGGGAGGAGAGCUGCAGCAAGUCGAGCUUUUUCGAGCGCAUCGUAGCCCCAGUUUCUUCCUUCUUUUUAUUAACCGAGAAAGAUUUUGAGGAGUCGAAUCUCGAGAGCUGUUCCGAGUGACAUCAGCUACUCUUCAUCUGCACUUUUUCCUCACUUCAUCGGUUAUCAGAUUAUCGAGCUGGCGGCGGACACGAGCGGACGGGCGUGGUCUACUUUAGUUAUGAUUUUAUAUUUUUGCAAACUCUGAUGUAACUUAAAAUUCAAUUUCGAUGUAUAAAUUACGGUUUGAUUAAUCGUAACACGUUAUUUUGAAAAUGUUUAUUUUUGUCUUGACAGAAAGAAUAUUUUUCAAGUAAUAUUCGUUUAGUUUAAACUGGAAAAAUGAAUAUUUCUUUUUAAGUUAGAAAAUUUUCUUAAAAACCAAUAUUCCUUAUUUAUAAAUAAUGGGGCGUGACAGUUUCUAUGAGGUACAGGCUCCUGAAUGAGAAAGCCCUCUCGGCGGUCCGGCGAAAACCGAGGGCAAAGAUCCACCCGCCGCCGCCAUCCCGGGUCGUAAUCCGAGUAACGAAUCACAUAUCUCAUUUGGGCCACCCGAAAGAGGGCCCGAAACCCUGCCAGCUGCUGUCUUUGCCCCCGUUCCCGGGCCACCAUCUGCCCGGAAGGAAAUCAGCCUCCACCCAACACGUCACCGCCAUUAGCUGGCUCAAGUAUUAUUUUGACGACAUCCCUCCUCCCGCCAUUCAGAAUCAUUUCAAUAAAGGCCUUGUACAGAUGGAAUGUUACCAAGGUCGAUCCGCUUCCAUGAGGAAGAUUCAAAUUGCUUCUCCUUACAUCUGUAACAGUUAUGUGCAGAUUAAUCCUAGUGAUGUCAUGGAGGAGGGUGACCGAGUUUAUGUCCCGGUAUCUGUUGCUGAAAGUAAAAUUUCAAAGAGGUUUGAUGUUAUCCCGAGUGGAACACUGAACCCAAAUGCAGAUGAAAUUGAGUACUUAAGAAGGCUCGACUCUGCUAUACUUGUACUGAAUAAACCUCCCAAACUGCCAGUAAAAGGUAGUGUGGCAGUUCACAACAGCAUGGAUGCAUUGGCAGCUGCUGCAUUAUCAUAUGAUUACGAAGAGGGUCCGAAGUUGGUGCAUCGUCUUGACAGAGAGAGUAGUGGGCUCCUCCUAAUGGGAAGAACUAAAGAGAGCAUUUCCUACCUCCAUUGGUUGUUCAGUGAUGUGAGAAAGGCGAAACCCUUGUCUAAGGAUUGGAAUGAUGCUUGUAAGGCAAUGUACCAAAAGUAUUGGGCACUGGUCAUUGGUGUACCCAAGCAAAAAGAAGGCACAAUUUGUGCCCCACUCACAAAGGUCCUUCUUGAUGAUGGGGAAACCGAAAGGGUCAUUCUAUCUCAUAAUUCAGGCUUGGAAGCUUCCCAAGAGGCAAUAACCGAGUAUCGUGUGCUUGGCCCUACUAUCAAUGGAUGUUCGUGGAUCGAAUUGCAUCCCCUCACGAAACAUAAACAUCAGCUUCGAGUUCAUUGUGCUGAGGCUCUUGGUACCCCAAUAGUGGGGGACCACAAAUAUGGGUGGUUUGUCCAUAAUCGAUGGAAACAAAUGCCGAGAGUCGAUUUUGAGCCAACGAGUGGGAAGCCUUACAGAUUAAAGAGGCCUGAGGGUUUGGAUGUUCAGAAAGGCAGUGUGUUGUCUAAAGUUCCCCUUUUGCAUUUGCAUUGCCGGGAGAUGGUACUGCCGAAUGUGGCCAAGUUUAUCGAGCUCCACCACAUGCAACGCCAUGCGGGUCCCGUGUGUGAUUCGAGACAGGAUGUGCUACGUUUCGUGGCCUCAAUGCCUUCUCACAUGAAAAUCAGUUGGAAUCUCAUGUCCUCCUACUUGGUGUAAAUAAUUGUGUGCUCCAGUUUCAUGGAUUGGAUUUUUGGUGACAAUACAUGAGAUUAGUGUAUGUUUGCCUGUUUGCUAAUAGGUUUUGUUAUUUGCUCGACUUUCGUUCUCUCUAAACUGAACUGAGCUUCUUUAUAUAUAUAUAGAGAUAGAGAUGGGAUCAUAUGAUAAUAGGGCAUAAUAAAAGAAAUGAGAAUGAGUCCAAAUUGAUGGGUGAGAUAAAGCUGACCAGCAUUAACCACACGGUGGCAAUUUUGUAAUUAUGUAAUAAAUUUUCGUCUGCUGGUAAACUUUGGUAAACUUUGAGGGUAGUGGUGUAAUUUCACUUCACCAACUAACAACCCAAUCUCUCUCCUGGGGCUCACAACACCAUCCCUGAAGUUCUCUCUAUUACACACAGACGCACACACAUUUACACACACACCACACAUUCCGGCCAUCGGUUAUUCGUACGGCACCGGUUAUUCGCUGGCCAUCGUGACCACUGCCCCACCACAUCCCAUCGCCGUCGUCACACCCAGCACCAAAAAUUACACCAAGAAAUCCAUACAAUUGCAAUACACACACACGCACUACAGCCAACACCCAUCCCAUACGGCGACCGUAAACCGGCCACCAACUCACCGCCGACGCGAGCUCUGCCGAUACAGUCAUUUUCGAUGCCAGCUCCACCGAAGCCUCGCUGUUGCUGUCGCUUCAUCACCAGGGCUAUGAUAGAUGUCGUCGGGAUGGACACCGUCUGGGGUCGCGGAAUCCGGCUUCUAUCCGCCGACGCUGUCAAUUUGGACUUCGGAGUCUCGAGGCGUCCACUGAGGAGCCGCCGUAGAACGAGCUCUGCAGAUAAACUGUUUGCGAAGUCCGGCUUCGACUCUGUCACUAAUCUCGCAACAGUCUCUGGCGGCGAAAGGCUCCAUCAUAUUCCACCGUGGUGGCCGCCGAUAACUCUGAUGUCAGACGCAGUGAGUUUGUGCGGAGAAGACGGGCGGUUUGGUGUGGUGGAGGGUUAAUUGAUUUUGGGGCUUUUCACAUGAAAAUUAGACAAUCCUCAGGCCCAUUUUGCAAUUUUUGAAUAUUUAAUACAUGUAUAAUUCUUANGGAAAGUGUGAACAAUGUUGUGCAUAGAUAUGUGGUUUAAAGGUAAAAGCAACUAAUCCAAAAUGAAAUUUAAAAUUUCAAAUUG